GCGAUGUGAAGUCUUUUCUUCUUUUUUUCACAGCGCGCGCUGGACGCAUGUAUAAUGACGACCAGCUUUUCACAAUCACUUUGUCCCUUCUUUCUUUUCCCUCUUCUCUCUCUCUUUUUGCUUGAUGACCACCAACAGCACCUUCAAGCCGAUUCUGCGCGACUGAGUUGUCAGACUCCGGACUGGGACAAGCAUCCGUUGGGUUUGCGGUGAUCAUCGCCGUUGGGUUGGAAGCGAGCGAAAGGGGGUGUCUUGGCAUCCGUCAUACCCUUCCCUCUUCCCAUCCCGCGCUCCUGCCGCCUAUCUUUUCGAGCAAGGGGUCUCUUCCAAACACACGGACCCUUUUCUCUACUUGUUUUUCGAGAAUCCGGACUCCCGAGACAGCGUGACGACAAGGAAGCAUCAUCACCGGCCCGGCAAGAGGAUACUUAACAGUUGCGGUCAAGAGUGGGAAGCCAUCCGGUUGGCUCACUGUUUUAUCUUUGAGAUUGAGUGGGAAAAAAAGAAAAGAAAUAAAAAGUUGGGAUGAACGGAUAGACACGUUGGCAUAUUACGCGAUAUUACAUCAGACGAACGCUUAUAUCGAGCCCUGGCCCUGGUCAACGGAAACGGCAGUUGAAACGGAAUCACAGGGGGUUAGGUGGGAAGAAUGGACACACAUAUGGAUCAUAUCAAAACGGAGGACGAGGAAGACCAGGGGCACGGGCUACCGCACCCGACUCCGUCAUUGCAGGCACGACAGACACCGGCACCAACAAAACGACAACCUAGCUUGACUGAGUCCAGCCGAGGGGGUAGGAGGACAGCAUCAAGCUUGACGGCCAACAGAAAGGUUUGCGACCAUUGCAGGACGAGACGGAUAAAAUGCGAUUACCAAUUCCCUUGCCAGCAGUGCCUCAAUGCCGCCUUGGUGUGCAAAAGGGACCAGGUCCCACGGAAAAGAGGUCCCAAGCCAGGUCAUGGUCGAGUUCUUGACAGGAUACGGUCAAAAGAGGAGGAAGUGCUGGGGAUAGCGUCGAGGGAGAGCAGCGCCGACUUUGAGACCACCCCGAGCAGUCUCGCCACCCCUCAGUCCACGCCUCCCGACACGCCUUUUCCGAAUCCGUCUGCUGACGCCCAGCAUGGCCGCUCUGGACGGCAGAGAUACCAUCAUCUCAUUCCGCUGUGUGUUGAGGUUUACACGGCUCACCUGUACCCUCUCCUUCCUGUAGUUCACUUACCCACACUGCAGAGCUACUGCUGUCAACCCUCGGUUCCGCCAUCUCAGAGGACGCUACUGCUUGCCUUAUCGGCUCUCACGUCCCUUCAUGUUGCAUCUCUUCCACCACCCUCCCGGCCCCCAUCAGGGAGUAAUACCGACUGGAUCAGCGCAGCAAAGUCGUUUCUGGAAGAAUGCUCGGCCACACGCCAGGCAUACGACUAUGUUGCUCACCUCCAGCUGAACGAUAUUUUGACGUCGUUUCUGCUGUCCAGACUUUACAUUGAAAUGGGGAACAGCCGAAAAGCCUGGGUGUAUCUGCGAGAAACAGGCGCUCUGGCGGCCGAGUUCGGUCUGGAUCGGGAAGAUGGAUAUGCAGGUUCGGAAGAAGACGAUGACCUGGCGAGGAGGAGGCUGUUCUGGGCAGUUCUGAUUUCCGAGAGGAACAGGGAAUUUGCCAUCCUGAGAAACAAGCCCAUCACGAGCUUCAGACGGAAACCAGAACUGCCAACCUUUGGAUACCGGUAUGAAGAUCCAGGUGUCCAUGCUGGCUUGCUACAGCUGGCGGAGGUAUACAAGCCGGUUGGUGAGGACUUUGUCGCUGCGUGGAACGACACCUCCCCCCAAAACGAAGAUUCGCCGGCCGCUCACAACAUGAAAGCCGCAAAGCUGCUGGAGCUCCAACGCCGUCUGUCACAGGUGACAGAGUCAGGGGAGGAGGCCACAGAAAUGCAAAGGGUGCAUCUCACGAUUACUCGUCAGUGGCUGAAGCUGGUUACUUGGCAACUGUCGUUCCGCGCCCACCUGCUGUCGUUCGGCAACGUCCACGAAAGCAUGCGGUUCACUUAUCCGCUCAUCAUCGCGCACGAGACGUUGUCGUUUCUGAACUCGCUACCGCCAGGGCGCUGCUACGGUAGGAUUUCAACCAUGGAAAAGAUUUACGAGAUUGGCAUCUGGUGGCUCAAUGUCGUCGGGGCUGUGGAUAACCUCGAGCUUGGGAGGCACGGUGUCAAGACAGAUGAUAACCUUCUGGACGCUUUUGUCAGGGUUCUCAGCGUCGGCGAACAGAGCAGGGUACUGUUUGCAGAACGGCUCAAGAUGUUUGCCGCUGCUGGUGACAUGUCAGACCUCAGUUACAUGGUGGGCAGGAAGUUCUCCCAAGAGGUGAGGGAGCAAGGACACAAAGAGAUCAAGACGGAGGAGCCGGAGCCGAGAUCUGUGCCGCGAACAGCACACAGCAGCAGUAGAUACCACCACGGCGGGCCGUCGCUGGCGGUGGACACGCCCUCACCGGCGACCAAUGGGCCUCCAACGGCACCUCACACCAACGAGACACCGCCGCCGCCGUGGUUCCAGGGGUACAAUAACAGUGCCAUCACCACGCCUACCAGCUCUGGGUGGGCGUCGACGACGUCAGAGGUGAACAGUCCGGAGAUUUUGUUCAGUCCUGACAUUGUCAGUCCCGGGCCGGGAGCGACGAGCUUUGGGUAUUUUCGCUUUCCGGGGCCAAAGCCAGGGGAGGGGGCUUGACAUGGGUGUUUUGCUAGAUCAUAAUGUUUGUAUAUGAACCCGCCAAAAAAAAUAAAAAGUAGAGGAAGCGAUUUCCAUUCAUCACAAACACUUGUCCAAUUCUGAUUAACCCCAACUCCCGAUUGACAAAGUGGAAACAUCACGCGGGAACAAAGACAUGACGAAAAGAAGAUGUAUAUAUAUAAUAUUAAAAAAUGACCAAUAAACCAAAACAAUGCAUGCAUGCUAUGUACUGUAUCCGAGUUCUUUCGUUCCUGCACCUUUUCUUACCCCCCCCUCCCCCAGCCCCUUCUUUUUGUU